UAUUUUUUUGCCAGAGACCAAGAUGACGUAAGUAUGGCAGGGGAGAGUCAGGUGAUGUAUACUAUAAGCGAAGGGAGCUGUCCUGGUGCUGAAAACAGUCCAUAAACUCGCAGUGGACGGAUCAGCAAGAGCAUGCUUUAGGUUGUUCCUGCAUAACAGGAAACCUUUCAAAAUGGCAGAUGCUAAAACCUCUUGGCUUGGAACAGUCCUUCCUCUUGCCCUACUUUUUGUGCUGCUUUGUUAUGCUGAUGCUGCUUCAUUUCAACGAUACCAAAACAUCCAGAAAGAGCCAGACUACCUAAUGAAAAACUUGCAAAGGCUUCCAAGUCCAGAUAUGAUUAAAGCUUUAGAAUAUAUUGAAAACCUUCGAAAACAAACUAGCAAUGGAGAAACAAGUCCAGAUUAUAACUCCUAUCAAGGUGUCCCUUAUGUUCUACAGUCGAAAGAAAGCAAAGAUCAGCAUUAUUUAGCAGACAAUCAAAGAAAAUCUUUGUCAGAAGAUGAGUCAGAUUGGAUUAAGGCAAUGCUGGAAGCCUUAAGACAAGGAGAAAAAGAAUCGAAGAGUGCCUCAAAAGAAAACAAACCUUAUCCUAUGAGUUCUGACAAUGUCUUUCUAGACGGAUUAGCGGAUGAUUAUGAUGAUCGUUCUUGGCCUACUGCAUGGCGCAAACAUUCUAGGAUGCCACAUACAUACCUUGAAGAAAAGUCAAGAAAUAGUCCCUAUAAGCGGACAAAUGAAAUAGUGGAAGAACAGUACACACCUCAAAGCCUUGCUACUUUAGAAUCGGUAUUUCAGGAACUGGGAAAAAUGAUGGGCCCAAAUUUAAAAAAGGAGAGGCUGAAUGAGGAACAAAAAUUGUAUGCUGAUGAUGAAGAUGAUUCCUAUAAAGGGAAUAACAUUGCUUAUGAAGACGUGGUUGGUGGAGAGGACUGGAAUCCAUUGGAAGAAAAAGUGGAAAGUCAGACCCAAGAAGAAAUAAGAGACAGUAAAGAGCAAAUUGAGAAAAAUGAAGAAGAAAUGGAUGAUGAGGUGAAAAGAUCUGGUGACCUGGAAGAUGGGAUGAAAAGAGAAGACAAAGAUCAAAUAUCUGAUGAUGUCUCAAAGUUGAUGGAUUAUUAUUUGAAUAAGAUGAUGAAUGAUGCUGGAAAUGAAAAUCUAAGGAUCAAACAAAAUGAAGACAAAAGGGCAGCCAGACACUUUGGAAAGCAACCUGAUCCUAAGGCUAUCUAUCAGUUAAUAGAAAUUUCAAGGAAUUUACAAAUUCCCCCUGAGGAUUUAAUUGAGAUGCUGAGAGCUGGAGGGAAACUUCAAAAUGAAAAAGAACAGGAACCUGACCUCCCAGAAGACAUUGAUGAGAUCCCUGAAAUCAAUUUUGACAAUACAGAUGCUUUCAAAAAUAAGAUGAAUUCUUUAAAUGGCUAUAGAAAGCAGAGACUUAAUUUCAUGUCAGAUAACCUGCCAGAAGAUCUCAAUAUUGAAGAUAUCAUUAAUCUUUUAGGGACUGAAAAUGUGGCCAGCGAGAAGCUCCCUUAUUCUGUAAAUCAGCUCAAUCAAGAAAAUAGUCUGCCAAGAGUGCCCUACAUGCCUGCAAGAUCUAAAGGACGCCAGCUUCCUAAAGCUACUUGGUUUAAUCAUUUGGAAAGACGACAAAUGGAGCAAGAAUCACUAAAUGAAAAGGAAGAAGACUUGGCAGACUACUUAGCUAAAGUGCUGGCAAAAUACCCUGAAGUUAUUAAUACAGAGCAGGUGAGACAAAUCCCACUGGCAGUUUCAUCUGAAGAUGACAUGCAAGAGGAUGACCAAUUUGAGCAGGACAUCAAAGAACAUCUAAAUCAACUGGGAACUCAAGAAUCAGAUAAGCUCACUUCACUGAGCAAGCGGGUAUCAAUGGCCCAGGAGGAGGAUGACACACAAAACAGACCAUAUGUGGACGAGGAGAUGCUAGCAAAGGUUCUAGAGUACCUAGAUCAGGAGAAGUCUGAAAAAGGAAGAGACCACAUUAACAAAAGGGCAAUGGAAAAUAUGUAGUUGUUUCAGUAUUAUUUCUUUUCAUUGGAUUGACUUCUACCCCAGUUCAGUUGUGGUUUACUUUUCUUUAAGAAUAUGAGGCAUGUUCAGACAUUACACUUAGUGGCUUUAUGCAUGUAGGAGUUCUGGCACUUGCAUUCGCAUGAGUAUAUAUGAAAGACAAACUCACAGAUCUCAACUUUAUCUGUGUCUGUGAUAUCCUAUAUCUAUAUCUAUAGAUACAGACCUAUCGAUAUAGAUAGGAAAAAUCAGAGAGUACAGGGAUUUCCACAGCUGGGAUCUGUGAGUUUCUACCAAAUGCCCUGUCUUCCUCAUGCAAAUGAGCAAUCCAAGAAGAUUCCUGAAUAUGCACAAAAGUGACUCAGUUCUGCAUCUUGACUGGUUCCAGUGGUAGAUAAGUUGACAUUGAACAGGCUGCAUAAAGUCUUCUGAGCUAUUCUGUUGUUAAUGGAUAUCUUUAAAUGUUCUAAAUCUUGGUCAAAUAACAAAUUACUUCAAUUGUUUUAAGAACCAGGUUUAAGAAAACAAACGGAAACUCAAUGGCCUUGAUAGACCACGAUAAAGGCAGAGUGACAUCUAUAAAAUAUGAGGUUUUUUAAAUUAAUUGAAAUAUUUUGUUAUUGUCUGUGGUGUUUCUUUGUGGAGUACCGAAUAAAAAAUAAAGCAUUAUAUAUAUUAUAUAUAGUUUUAUUUACAAAGCUUUUUCUAUUCUGUGUUUUAUGGUUGAUGAAUAAAUAUUAUUUCUGGACAAUA